UUCAUUUUUUCUGUCCUUUUACUCUCUUAUCUAUCAAAAGAGCUAUUCUUCACUCCUCUUUGUGUUCUUUUUCCUUUUCCUUUUUCUUUUCCCUUUCCCUUUCUUUCUUUUAAGACUUUUCUUUUUCUUUAUGUUUCCUGGAGAAAGUACUGUAUAUCAUCAGAAAGCAAUUUGUGUUCUUUGUUUCUUUUAGGAUUUGGUUUUGAAAGUUACCCAAAAUAGCAAGUCUGUGCUCUGUCAAGUGACUAAGAAAAGGCACUGUCUAGUGGUUUUUUUUUUGGUUCGCGGCAUCUUCCCUUUUUCUUUUAUCCUCUGCAACUUUUACCUACAGUUUUCUUUCUUUUCUUCUUUUACUUCGCUCCGUUCUCUCACAACUACUGGUUUUUGCCAUCGGGGUGCUUUCCGUACUGCUUGUUUAAGCGCACUAUUGUUUUUUUGGGGAUAACUUUCCUUGAAAUUUCUCGUGCUCUUAAGUACUUUUGAGUAAAACUUUUAACAGAUUAAUGGUGGGCUUCUCUUCAUUUCAAGCUUCUCAUUAACGUGUUCAUUGUUCAGCUUUCCUUUUUAGCCCUUUAUUCUCCUGGGGUCAAGUCUCAAAGGAAUCCCUUCUUUUCCCUCCGCUUUUAUUUGACUACCCUUCCCACUCUCUCUCAAUGAGACCAAGUGAUAGAAGUUGAAAACCUGCAAAUACACCAAUAAGGCAAAAUCGAAAAAAAACAGAAUGGAUCAUUGUUCUGUUUCUUCAAUCAAAUACACAGAACAUCGCAAUCAAACCAAGCUCCUUUCACCACCGUUAAAUGUCAAAGUCGAAAACCAACCAGAAAUGAAGCCUCGCAUUGUUCGGAUAUCAGUUACUGAUGCUGACGCCACUGAUUCCUCCAGCGACGAAGACGAAGAACAAACAACCCGAAGAGUCAAGAAAUUCGUGAACGAGAUAACUAUCGGUUCAUCAUCAUGUCCCGCCCAAAACGACGCUGCUUUCAGAAGUAAAUCGUCGACUUUGUCCAGGAAUUCUCGAAAAAGGCCGGCGGCUGUUUCUGUAGCAAAAGCGUCCUCCGCUAAGGUAUUACCAGCCGGGAAGAAAUUCAGAGGAGUAAGGCAACGGCCUUGGGGAAAAUGGGCGGCUGAGAUCAGGGACCCGCUAAGGCGUGUACGGUUAUGGUUGGGUACCUAUGACACCGCCGAAGAAGCAGCAAUGGUGUACGACAACGCGGCUAUUCAGCUGCGUGGUCCCGACGCGCUCACUAACUUUACCACUCCCCAGCAAAAAUCACUGCAAGACAAAAACAGUCAAAAGCCGUUAUCCAGCUCAGAGUACAACUCCGUGGAAGAAUCCCACACCACCACCACCAAUAUUUGCUCCCCAACCUCCGUUCUUCGUUGUCCUUCGCUUUCGACCGACGAAGUCGAUUCGCCGCAAAGCGUCAAAGAAUCUCGAGAAAUCGAGAGCGAACCUCGGGAGGAUUCUUGCUGCAUAUCCAGAGAACACGUGUCGGAUUUCUCCAGCAACCCAUUCUCUAUUCCAAGUGACAUAUUUAGUUCAGUACCGGAUUUGUUCGACGACGAUACGAGUUUUUUGAAAGAUGAUUUCGAUAAUGGAUUUUUUAGUUCGUGUGAGGAUUUCGAGUUCGAAUUUGGUGGAGGCUUCUCCAGUUGGCAACAUGUCGAUGAUCACUUCCAAGAUAUCGGGGAUUUGUUCGGGGCGGAUUCUAUUUUAGCCAUUUGAGAGAGUGGUCCUUCCUUUUUCUCGUUUAAUGCCAGUUUUGCGGCAAGUUUUGUAUCGGCGGGAACUGAAAAUAUCGGCAAUUUUUUUCUUCUCUUUGUUUAAUUAAUAUUGUUAUGAGUGAAGUUAAGAAUAUUAAACAUAUCCGUCACAGUAACGGUGACGGACGAGUUUGGGUACGUGUUUUAUGCUGUAUCAUGCUUAUAUGUUUGUUUUCGUGAAGGCACGUGAUAAGAACAUUUCAAAAGGCUAAGUUGUUUUAUUUUAUAUUUUUUUCUUAAUAAUAUGGGAAAAGGUUUUUUUUACCUUA